AGAGAAAGAAAGACUUCCUAAAAGACAAACCAAAUCCACCUUUUCUUAGAGUCUCAAAAAACCAACCAUUAAGUAGUGCAAAGCUUUCCCACAUAAACUCUACAUAUAAACAUUCUCAACUUUCAAGAAACAAAAGUUCAUACUCAUAAUUCACCAAAAAUUAUGGGUUUUUGGAAUUGCCAUGUUCAAGAAACUAAUAACAAUCUUUGCUUUCAACCUCCUACUUUUAUUGAAUGGCUCAAACCAUCUUCUUCUUUAUGUACUUCAUCAUCAUCAUCAUGUUCUUCUGUUACUCAACAAGUUCAUCUCACAAAUCAAGAACAUGAAAAUAUGUUUCUUGAUCAAGAAACUAUUCAAUGCUUACCUCUUUUUACAGAGAAGAAGUUGCUUAAAGAAGAAGAAACUGUGGAAGUUCAAGAAAAUUGUAAUCUUGAAAAGGUUACAGUUUCUUUACAUAUUGGACUGCCUAAUAGUGGAUAUUUUAAAGAAGAAAAUCAAGAACAAGAACAAGAGCUUGUCAAGAAAAUCAAGAAAAGCUUUAAUGGAUGCUCUUUUAACACAGACAAUAGGUUUUGGAUCCCAACUCCUGCUCAGAUCCUUGUCGGUCCUAUGCAAUUUGAGUGCUCUAUAUGCAGCAAAACUUUCAAUAGGUACAAUAACAUGCAGAUGCAUAUGUGGGGACAUGGGUCAGAAUACAGAAGAGGACCAGACUCACUAAAAGGAACACAACCAGCAGCAAUGUUAAGACUGCCUUGCUAUUGUUGUGCACAAGGCUGCAAAAACAACAUAAAUCAUCCAAGAGCUAAGCCAUUGAAAGAUUUUAGAACACUUCAAACACAUUACAAAAGAAAACAUGGUGCUAAGCCAUUUAUGUGUAGAAAAUGUUCCAAAACAUUUGCUGUUAAAGGAGAUUGGAGAACUCAUGAAAAGAAUUGUGGCAAAUUAUGGUAUUGUACAUGUGGUUCUGACUUUAAACACAAAAGAUCACUCAAAGAUCAUAUUAGGUCUUUUGGUAAGGGUCAUUCUCCUCAUCCUGCACUUGAUCAUCGCGGUUUUGAAGACGAUAAGGAAUGCAUUUCUACUGGCUCUGAAGACGAUGAAAUUGUCCGCUAGGGCAUGCAAACUCGAUCGUGAUCGAAACUCCAGUUUGGGAGAUGAAAGCUAGGUAUUACGAUCUGUUACAUUACCAGAGGUCGUGCUCAGUAACAAAAAAUUCUCAACAGCAUGAGAAGCAGAGGGAGAGGUUUGCUACGGAGCACGAUUAGUCGCAGUUUCAGGCAGUACUUAAGGUCCAUGAUGAUGAUCGAAAAAUAAAGAUGAUUAGCUGAAGUUGGUGGUGAAGUUGAUGAAUUUUCUUUUAGUGACAAAAAUUCUGUUGCUGCUACAGAUAAAAAUUUGUCCGCUUCAUUGUUAACUGCAGGUAAUCUUAUAGAUACAACAAGACUUUUGUAAGUUGUUGGUUAAAUAUUUUUGUAUGUUCGUUGAUAUAACAGUAUAUUUUAAAAAUAUGUUUCAAUUGGUUUAUUACGUGAA